AUGGAGGAAAACACAACAUCAACUGUUUUGGAUGGGGACUUAACCGGAAUCAGAUUUGGUUUGGCAAAUCGUCAAGAAAUUUGUACAUCAUCCAAUAGUGACUGCCCUAUCAGCCAUGCUAGUCAACUCUCAAAUCCCUUUCUUGGUCUGCCCCUUGAAUCUGGAAAAUGUGAAUCUUGUGGUACUGCUGAACCUGGGCAAUGUGAAGGUCAUUUUGGAUAUAUUGAACUACCAAUCCCAGUGUACCAUCCGGAUCAUUCCUUUGGCCAACAUGGGGUAUGUCUGGUUGCUGAGAAAAUGUCAGUAAGGAAAGGAAAGGAAAAUUGCGAUUUUGCAAUGCGGUCAAAGGUGGCAACUCAGAUGGAGGAAAACACAACAUCAACUGUUUUGGAUGGGGACUUAACCGGAAUCAGAUUUGGUUUGGCAAAUCGUCAAGAAAUUUGUACAUCAUCCAAUAGUGACUGCCCUAUCAGCCAUGCUAGUCAACUCUCAAAUCCCUUUCUUGGUCUGCCCCUUGAAUCUGGAAAAUGUGAAUCUUGUGGUACUGCUGAACCUGGGCAAUGUGAAGGUCAUUUUGGAUAUAUUGAACUACCAAUCCCAGUGUACCAUCCGGAUCAUGUUAGUGAACUGAAACGGAUAUUAAGUUUGUUGUGCUUGAAGUGCUUGAAGAUGAAAAACAGGAUGUUUCCGGUCAAGAAUGUUGGUCCCCUGGAAAGAAUGUUGUCUUCAUGUUGUGAGGAGGUUUCACAAAUUUCAAUCAAUGAGGUUAAAACGACAGAUGGUGCAUGUUACUUGGAAUUGAAAUUACCAUCUAGAUCAAGAUUUCAAGAAGGCUUCUGGGAUUUUUUGGCAAAGUAUGGUUUUCAAUAUGGUUCUAAUUACAGUCGGCCUUUACUUCCUUCUGAGGUGAUGGGUAUUCUGAAAAAAAUUCCCGAGGCAACAAGAAAAAAGCUUUCUGGGAAAGGUUACUUCCCCCAAGAUGGAUAUAUCCUGCAAUAUGUUCCAGUUCCUCCAAAUUGUUUGUCCAUGCCAGACGUUUCCGAUGGAAUCAGUGUCAUGUCCUCGGAUCAUUCUAUAACAAUGCUCAAGAAAGUGCUGAAGCAAGUUGAGAUCAUUAAAACUUCGAGGUCAGGGACGCCGAAUUUUGUAUCCCAUGAAGUUGAAGCGAAUGAUCUACAAGCUGCAGUUGCCCAGUAUCUUCAAGUUAGGGGCACAUCAAAGGCAUCUCGUGAUGUUGAAACACGAUACGGGGUCAGCAAAGAACCAGAAAAUUCAUCUACUAAAGCGUGGCUUGAAAAGAUGAAAACAUUGUUUAUUAGAAAGGGGUCUGGAUUUUCCUCCCGUAGCGUCAUAACUGGUGAUUCAUAUAAAGGAGUUGAUGAAAUUGGAUUACCAUUUGAAAUAGCUCAGAAAAUUACCUUUGAGGAGAGAGUUAACCAGCAUAACAUAAGAUAUCUACAGAAGCUGGUUGAUGAAAAAUUGUGCUUAACCUAUAAGGAUGGGUUGUCUACAUACUCAUUGAGGGAAGGUUCAAAGGGGCAUACAUUUUUGAGACCUGGGCAAGUGGUACAUCGGAGGAUUAUGGACGGGGAUAUAGUUUUUGUCAAUAGACCUCCAACAACCCACAAGCAUUCCCUGCAAGCUUUGUCGGUAUACAUCCAUGAUGAUCAUACAGUCAAGAUUAACCCCCUUAUAUGUGGCCCUCUCAGUGCUGAUUUUGAUGGUGACUGUGUUCAUAUAUUUUAUCCCCAGUCAUUUGCAGCAAAAGCAGAGGUGUUGGAGCUAUUUUCUGUGGAAAAUCAAUUGCUUAGCUCUCAUACCGGUAACUUCAACUUACAGAUGGCCACUGAUUCAUUGUUAUCCCUGAAGUUUCUGUUUAAGAAUUAUUUCUUGAGUAGAGCAGCCGCCCAACAGUUAGCCAUGUUUGUUCCAAAUUCCUUACCAAAACCCGCAGUGGUGAAGUCACAUAGUUCUGGCCCACUUUGGACUGCAUUACAAAUGUUACAGACUACUCUACCUACUUGCUUUGACUGUUCCGGGGAGAGACAUCUGAUCUGUGGAAGUGAGAUAUUGAAGGUUGAUUUUAAUAGGGAUGUAAUGCAGUCAAUUAUCAAUGACAUUGUCACCUCUCUUUUCUUUGUGAAAGGCCCCAAAGAGGUUUUAAAUUUCUUCAAUUCGUUGCAACCUUUGCUGAUGGAAAAUCUGUAUUCAGAAGGUUUCAGUGUUGGCCUGGAAGAUUUUUCUAUUCCCAGACCUGUAGUUGAAAGUAUUCAGAAAAAUAUUCAGGAUAUUUCACCUUUGCUUUAUCAUUUGCGGUCGACCUACAAUGAACUGGUGGAGUUGCAGUUAGAUAAUCACAUGAAGCUAGUGAAAAUACCUGUUAGUAAUUUCAUUCUCAAGUCCUCCGCAAUGGGUCAUCUGAUAGACUCCAAAAGUGAUUCGGCUAUUAACAAGGUAGUUCAACAAAUCGGGUUCCUUGGAUUACAACUCUCUGACAAAGGAAAAUUCUACUCUGGGACGUUGGUUGGUGACAUGGCUUCUUUGUUCCUGAAGAAAUAUCCUUUCAGUGCUACAUACCCUUCUGAAGAAUUUGGGAUGGUUAGAAGCUGUCUCUUUCAUGGGUUGGACCCUUACCAGGAAAUGGUUCAUUCAAUUUCUAGUAGAGAAGUAAUUGUACGUUCUUCUAGAGGAUUAACUGAACCUGGCACUCUAUUCAAGAAUUUGAUGGCCAUCCUUCGGGAUGUAGUUAUCUGCUAUGAUGGCUCAGUUAGGAAUGUUUGCAGCAAUUCAAUUAUUCAAUUUGAAUAUGGAGUUAAAGUUGGAACCAAGACCCAGGCUAUAUUUGCUGCUGGAGAACCUGUUGGAGUUCUAGCUGCAACUGCCAUGUCGAAUCCUGCAUACAAGGCAGUUCUUGAUUCUUCGCCAAGUAGUAAUUCCUCAUGGGAGAUGAUGAAGGAGAUAUUGCUUUGCCGAGUCAAUUUCAAGAAUGAUACUUUGGACCGCCGAAUAAUCUUGUAUUUGAACGAUUGUGGUUGUGGGAGAAAGUAUUGCCGAGAAAAUGCCGCAUAUCUUGUGAAAAAUCAGUUGAAAAAAGUCAGUCUUAAGGAUGCUGCAGUUGAAUUCUUAAUUGAAUAUGGAAGACAACAAACAACAUAUGAGAGUUCUGAAAUUGAUGCCGGCCUUGUUGGUCAUGUUCAUCUCAAUAAGACACAGGCGAAAGAUUUGAAUAUAAGUAUGCAAGACGUUCUUGAAAAAUGUCAGGACACCGUCAAUUCCUUCCGGAAGAAAAAAAAAGUUGGCCAUAUCUUCAAGAGAAUAGUUUUAUCGUUCAGUGAAUGUUGUUCUUUUCGACAAUCUUCUGAAAGCAACUGGUAUGAGAUGCCAUGCCUGAAGUUCUUUUGGAAAGAUGCAAGUGACUCUCAUCUAGAGAGGACUUCUCAUAUUCUUGCCAACAUAAUUUGCCCAGUUUUGUUGGAAACAAUUAUCAAAGGUGACCCCCGAGUUUCCACUGUGAAUAUAAUUUGGAUUAGUCCUGACACAAUGACUUGGAUAAGAAACCCUUGCAAGGGUCAAAAGGGUGAAUUGGCUCUAGAUGUUGUACUCGAGAAGGAAGCCGUUAAGCAGAGUGGAGAUGCCUGGAGGAUUGUGAUGGAUUACUGCCUUCCUGUAAUCCAUUUAAUUGACACUAGGCGUUCAAUACCCUAUGCAAUAAAACAAGUUCAAGAAUUGCUUGGAAUUUCUUGUGCUUUUGAGCAAGCUGUUCAGCGCCUCUCAACAUCAGUGACGAUGGUUACCAAAGGCGUCCUCAAAGAGCAUCUUAUUCUGUUGGCCAAUAGUAUGACAUGUGCAGGGAACUUGGUUGGUUUCAAUACAGGUGGUAUAAAAACAUUAUCUCGAUCACUAAAUGUCCAAGUACCAUUUACAGAAGCAACAUUGUUUACCCCGAAAAAGUGCUUUGAGAGGGCUGCUGAAAAGUGCCAUGUGGAUUCUUUGUCCAGCAUUGUUGGCUCUUGUUCAUGGGGCAAGCAUGUGGCUGUUGGUACGGGAUCUGCAUUUGAUCUUUUUUGGGACUUAAAAGAGGUUGGGUUGAAACAACAAGAUGGAGUGGAUAUUUAUAACUUCCUUCAUUUGGUGAGGAGCAUUUCCAAAGGCCAAGAAAUGAGUACUGCUUGUCUUGGUGCAGAAAUUGAUGAUCUUGAACUGGACGAUGAAAAUAUGGAAUUGGGUGUGUCCCCAGAGCAUAUUUCUAGUUUUGGUAAGCCUGUAUUCGAAGAUAGUGCUGAAUUUGAUACUGACAUAGACAAUCAAAAAAUGGAAGGGAUCAAAACUAAUGAAUCAAGUUGGGAAAAGGUUUCAUCUUUUAAAGUUGAAUCUAGUGGUGGCUGGGAGCGUGUGGUUGAUGAAAAACAGGAUAUGGAAAAAGCCAGAGCUUUGACAAGGUGGGGAACUCCUACCAUUCAGACACAAGAUUUAUUCUCAACAAGGGAACCAGAAGAAGCUUCUGGAUCUGCUGGAUGGGAUGCUAUGGAAACUGGGAAUGGACACAAGCAGUCAGGAUCCUGGUCUGGUUGGGGGAAAAAAACAGAAGAACCUGCUAAAGCCAGUUGGGGGGAAAAAUCAGGAGAACCUGCUAAAGCCAGUUGGGGGGAAAAAUCAGAAGAACCUGCUAAAGCCAGCUGGGGGAAAAAAUCAGGAGAACCUUCUAAAGCCAGCUGGGGGGAAAAAUCAGGAGAACCUGCGAAAGCCAGCUGGGGGGAAAAAUCAGAAGAACCUGCGAAAGUCAGCUGGGGGGAAAAAUCAGAAGAACCUGCGAAAGCCAGCUGGGGGAAAAAAUCAGAAGAACCUGCCAAAACCAGCUGGGGGAAAAAAUCAGAAGAACCUGCCAAAGCCAGCUGGGGGGAAAAAUCAGAAGAACCUGCCAAAGCCAGCUGGGGGAAAAAAUCAGAAGAACCUUCUAAAGCCAGUUGGAGUGAAAAGGAUGGCCAAAAUAUGGGGGUCAGUGCAACAGUAGCAAAGCCUAGUGGUUGGUCCAGUUGGGUCACUGAUACUGUUGAGAAGGGAGAAAUGCUUUCCACAACAGCUCAAAAAGAUUCUUCCAGACCUGGUGGAUGGGGUGUGGUGGAAUCUCAAAAUGGUGAAAGAGCUCAAGAAGAUUCUUUUAGUGGUUGGAAUGUGAUCAAAUCAGGGGAAACUCCUAAUCAGUCAGGGUCAUGGGCUUCCUUUGGGAAGAAGGUGAAAGAAGCCGAUGAAACAGGUUGGAGCAAAAAGGAGGGUAAUGGACUUCCUUGGGGUGCUAAAGUAGCAGGUGAACAAGCAAAUCAGUCAAAACCUUCUUCUGCUUGGGUUUCUUCAAAUGAUGAGGUAUGGGAUAAAUCUGAAUUACAAUCUCCUGCAGGACAGCCAAAAGAUUCACCAAUCAAUUUCUGGAGCUCUGACAAAAACAUAACAGAUGAACAGUCAAAUCAAUCAGCAAGUACACAUGGUUGGGGUUCUCCAAAAGUAGGUGGCUUCGACAAUAGUGAUUCACAGUCUCAGUGGGGUCAGCAGAAGCGUUAUCCUGGCAAAAGGGAUCAAAAUGAAGGUUCCCAUGGUUGGGGUUCCUCUAAUGCUGGGGAAUGGAAGAACAAGAAAAACCGCCCUCCUAGGUCAGUUGGUGGGUUCAAUGAUGAUAACAUUCAAAGUGGAACUUUCACAGCGACGAGACAGCGAUUGGAUAUGUUCACAACAGAGGAACAAGACAUUCUAUUAGAUGUUGAGCCAAUUAUGCAGUCCAUCAGAAGAAUAAUGCAUCAGUCCAGGUACAAUGAUGGUGAUCCCUUAUCUGCGGAUGACCAGUCAUAUAUUAUAGAUAAUGUCUUCAAUUACCAUCCUGAUAAAACUCUGAAGAUGGGAGCUGGAAUUGACUAUGUCAUGGUUAGUAAGCACAGCAGUUUCCAGGAAAGCCGGUGUUUCUACAUAGUCUCUACUGAUGGUCGCAAAGAAGAUUUUUCCUACCGCAAAUGUUUAGAUAGCUUCGUCAGAGGGAAGUAUCCGGACAAGGCUGAAGAUUUCAAUGCUAAGUAUUUCAAAAAGCCUCAACCCCGUCCUGGUUGGAAUAGGGAGCGCAGCCUUGCUCCAGAGGAAGCUGCGACUGGUUGGAAUAGGGAGCGUAGCCAUGCUCCAGAGGUACCUACGCCCGAGAAUAGGGAGCAUAGCCUUGGUCCAGAGGAAGCAGCGACCGGUUGGAAUAUGGACCGUAGCCUUGCUCCAGAAGAAGCUACGCCCGAGAAUAGGCAGUAGGCUCAUGUAUCCAGUAGCUUAUUUCGUAUUUAUGUCUCUCUAGUGUACUGAGAUUGGUACAAAUUGCACUAGUCCUUUGUUGUCUUAUUUUUGUAAAUAGAUAAGAUGUUUAUGAACUCCCUCCUAGGAAAAUGCAUGCAAUACAGAUGAACUGCUCUUUUUUUUUUCCCCAAAUGGGAGCAGUUCUUGUUUGUAUGUUGGUUGUAGCAUACUAGCAUGGGUUUAAAUGUGCCAUUUUCAGCCUGGUAUAGUUCCAUAGAUGAGCCCUCCCCGGUUAUCUCUGUGUGUGUGUGUGAAAUCUUUGGUGUUUUGCAG